GAUUUAAGCGCAACAUGGCCAAGGCUGCGAUCGUGCUCCCAUUUCCAAUUAGUACAAAUAGAAACCAUAUAUUCAUACAAGGAUCCUGCCCAUCUCAAUAGAACCCAUCGACUGAUCAGAUAUGUCACUUGAUUCUCUUAAGAUGGCUUAUCCAUACUAUUCUCCUCCACCUCCUUCGCCACCCCCACCACCACCAACCUCACAAGUAUUGUGUAAUCCUAUAACGACAUCACCUCCUCCCAAACACCACCGCCGACCUCCACCACACCCUCAACUUAAGCCACCACCACCUCCUCCCAAACACCACCACCGACCUCCACCACACCCUCAACUUAAGUCAUCACCACCUCCUCCACGGUCGCCAUCAUACCAAUACGAUUGCAGACACCCACCUCUAACACCCGUUAAGGCUCCACCCUGUCAAGAUUUUGCACCUUCUCCAUCCCCGUCCACCACUCCAUAUUCAAAGCCACCAACACCAACAUCUACUGCCCCAACUCAACCGCCCUCUCACCGUAAGCCAACACUACCUAAACCUUCAUCACCGCUACCAAGCUACGCUCCUAGUCCAGCUCCACCAUAUGCAUCGUCACCACCUAAACAGACUACUACGAGUCCAACACCAAUGCCCUCCCCUUAUAAACCAACUCCACCUAAGCCUUCAUCUCCACCAAGCCACAUUGUUCCAGCACCAGAACCAACACCUACAGGCCGAGCACCAGUGCCCUCUCCUUAUAAGCAUACUCCACCUAAACCAUCAUAUCCACCGAGCCACACUCCUGGUCCAGUUCCACCGCCAGAACCAACACCUACACGCCCAGCACCAGUGCCCUCUCCUUAUAAGCCUACUCCACCUAAACCAUCAUAUCCACCGAGCCACACUCCUGGUCCAGUUCCACCGCCAGAACCAACACCUACACGCCCAGCACCAGUGCCCUCUCCUUAUAAGCCUACUCCACCUAAACCAUCAUAUCCACCGAGCCACACUCCUGGUCCAGUUCCUCCACCAGAACCAACACCUACACGCCCAGCACCAGUGCCCUCUCCCUAUAUGCCAGGUCCACCUCAACCAUUAAAACCACCAAGCUACGCUCCUGGUUCAGCUCCACCACCGAAACUAGCAUGGGCACCCUCUCCUGACAAGCCAACUUCACCUAAACCCCCACACGCAACACCACCAAGUUACCAUGUUUCACCUCCAACCCCAUUAAACGGUCCAGUUUCACCACCUAAAUUACCUCCAUAUGCUACACCACCACAAUAUAAUAUCCCACCACCACCUAAACCUAGCUCAGCCCCACCAGUAUAUGCUGCACCCCCAACUUUUAACUCGGUGCCACCAUCGUCAAAUGUUGUAUCACCGCCUCCUGGAGGCAAUCACACCACUGUCAUUGUCGUGUGCGUUUCGCUUGGUGGGGUGUUCUUCCUUGCAUUCCUUUUGAUUGGCCUCAUUUGUUUGGCUAAGAAAAAGAAGAAACCAGUUAUGGUUCCUGUAGCUCCAGUUUGUAUUGAAGAACAUGAAGUAAUUCAAGAAACCAUUACUACAGGACAAAGUGAAGAAGAAACUGCGACAGUGUCUAUGGAGGAUGAUGUGCGUAUUCAUGGAGUUUUAGGUGUUGUUGGUUCUGGUAGUAGUUCGAAUACGAGUUCUCCUAGUGGCCCUUCUUCUCCUUCUGAAUCAGGCCGGCAACCCAAAGGUUAAAGUCAUAGUCAAGGCUACUACGGUCAAUAAUAAGUUUUUCAUUAGCUAUCAUGAAUCCAGCCACAACUUGCCUACUUUAAAUUCAUUGGUUGGUUUCUUUCCUUCUUUUUUUUUUUCCAGUUAUAAUUCGUUGAUCAUACUGCCUGUAAUAAGUUUGAAGAUUUAAAGUUUUAUACGAUCUGUGUUUUGAUUCUUCAA